CAUUUAUUCUCAACAAGUGAAGUUUUGACUCAGUCAGUCUUAUUUAACAAGAAGUAAAAUAAAGUGGCAUAAUGUUGCAGAAUACUAUUUGUAUAUUCCUAAUGUUGAGUGCCUUGACUUUCUUAUCUGAUGCAACUACACUUCCUCCAUCUAAAGAGGUCAAUAUGUUAAAUUCAACAAGUUCUCAGUUGUCCGAAAUAAGAGCUGAACAGGGACAGGAACUUAAGAUUCUUCUAUCGGACAUGCAGUUAAUAAAAACGGAACUUGAACUACUAAAAAAAGAAAUAAAUGUUGUGGUAUCGGAUAAUCAAUGUAGAGCAGAGACCGAAAAACAGAAAACAGAUAUAAUUGAUAGGGAAAAAGAAAAUCGAUCACUGAAAGCAGAUAUACAACUAUUUAGAACGGACAUACAAACUCUGAGAACGGACUUCGACCUACAAAAAAAAGAUUUAAUUAAUAAGGAAGCGAAUAUUCUGACUUUACAAGCAGAGUUGGAAAACCAAAAGAAAAGUGUACUUGACAACGAGUCUAAUAUCCAAUUGCUUAAAAAUGAAAAUCAACUUCUUAGAACGGAGCAGGAGCGUAAUAGAAAGUUACUUCAACCACACAAUUGUACAGAAGCCAAGUCUAGUGGGAUUAAUGAAAUACUCCUACCUUUUAGUUGUCAACCUUUUAAAGUUGCCUGCGAUGCGGAAACCCGAGGAGGAGGUUGGACCAUUAUCCUGAGAAGGAUGGAUGGCAGUGUUAGCUUUCAUCGAAACUGGACGGAAUAUAAAAAUGGAUUUGGUGAUCUGAAUGGCGAGUUCUUCUUCGGCUUAGACAAGAUACAUGAAAUAACGGCAGAAAGAAGUCAAGAGUUACUUGUUCUUCUCGAGGACUAUCAGGGAGUCAAUGCAUUUGAGAAGUACGAUGAAUUCGCAAUUGGAAACGAGGAUCAACAAUAUGAAUUACACACUUUGGGCAAAGCCAGUGGAGCUGCAGGUGAUUCAUUCUCAGAUCAUCGUGGCAAAAAAUUUUCUACAUUCGAUCGGGAUAAUGAUGGUAUAUCGGAUAUACACUGCGCUGAGCUACACACUGGCGGCUGGUGGUACCGUUCCAACAAUUUUUGUCAAUUCUGCAAAUUGACGGGAACCUACGGAAACAACGAUUAUGACGAAGGCGUCACUUGGGACGAAUUUCGGGGAUCUGAAUACUCCCUGAAGACAGCCGUUAUGAUGAUUCGGCCCAAAAAGUGAAUUCCAAAUUCUUAAAAGCAGUUUCUAAAGAAUUUAAAUAAAAACCAUUGUAAUUCUCUGUA